CCCUCGGUUAUUGCCACACGGGGGACCACCUUCCGGGCAACCUUCGGGGACCCCGGGACCUCCAAAAGCAGUGCAGGAAAGGAUCGGCGUUGCUGCCUACCUCCUAAAGGCCGAAGGGUGCAUGGAAUGGUCUAGGUUAGAUAGAAUGGGUCGAGGGUUGUAUGGAAUCGGUAAAUACGUACCCUCCUACGGACCAGAAGCCGAUACAUAUGGUGGACGAAACCCUCACUGCCAAAAAAAACUUAGGUCGGACCGAGAGUCAAUCCAUCUUCCUUUAAGCUUCCAGCUUUCCCCAAAAAUGCCCGCGGAAGUAUCCGUGUCACUGGAGUUCAUCAAGCGUCUAGAGCUAUACGAACGUGAAAAGCCAUACUGGCUUUUUGUCGGCAAGCCCGACCAUCUGGACGACAGCAAGCUUACCAAUGUCGAACUGGAAGUCGUCCCAGGAAUUCCUGCCCACGAUGUCAGGAAUGAUGGUCACAGCUAUACAUUGGACGAGCACGGCUUUCAAUUUGUAACACACCAGCAGUCAUUUUCUGACUUCGACGACGAGGAGGCCAUACGGACACACUACCUUCCCCAAGUCGAGGAGGUUAUCCGCCAGAAUGUCCCUUACGCCAAAAGGGUUCUGCUUUUCGAUUGGAGGCUGAGGCGACAAAUGAGCGAGGAAGAGGGCAACGCCUUGCUUUCGGCGAACCAGAUCCAGCAGCGGUCGCAAAUCCUGGCUCCAUCCCAGACAGUCCACACGGACGUGACCGAGUUCAGUCUACUCAAAAGGGUGAAAGUCGAACUCCCGGAAGAGGCUGAUGAACUCGUAAAGGGCAGGGUUCAGAUGGUCAAUUUCUGGCGGCCCAUCAGGCAUCCAGCCCAUAACUGGCCCCUAUUCGUCUGCGACGGCAGGAGUGUGGGAACGGGGUCGCUGGUGGCCGUGGACCAGAUUACCCGCAGCUUCGUCGGGGAUAUCUACUAUGCUCACCAUGACCCCGCAUUCCAAUGGUACUACAUGAGCUCCAUGGGGCUGGACGAAGGUGUCCUGUUCAAGAGCUGGGAUACAGGUACAACAGCACCUUCCAAAGUGUGCCUUCACUCAUCCUCGGCUCUGCCAGAGCACGCUAUUCCGGAUUCUCAGCACCCCCGGUUCAGCAUAGAAGCCAGAGCGGUCGUCUUUUCUGAUCUGUGACACAGCUGUAUCGACUGAGAGGUGGAUCCUGAGUCCUUGUAGUUUUUUCCUCCUUCCUUUACCUGUUGUAGUAGCAAACUAGUGAAUCGUAGUCCUUCAUCGUGUUCUUUCCUG